GAAAUUUCUAUGCACUUGUAUCCAAGCGCGCUGCUUAGUCACCCCGCCCGGACCUACCUUCCGCCGAACUGGGGCUUGAUGUAAUGUGGCAUUAUGUACGAAAGUCCACCGUGUCAACCGUCCGAAGCGCCCUCUUCCAGACGCCUCCCUCUUCCUCCUCCUCCUCCUCCCGCCUACUCGCCCACACUCGCCGGCCAGCCCCUUUGCUGCCCACGGUUGGACUUUUCGCCUUCACCAUGGCCGAUCAGGAUCCCCCACCACAACACGAGGGCGGCCCUCAAGACGGCCCACCGCCGGGCUCCAUUGCCAUUCCCAUACCCCUCGGCCCCAAUGGCGAACGGCCCACCCCCGAGCAGAUCCAGCAGAUCCAGAUGCAACUGGCAGCCGAGGCACAGAAGCACGGAAUCUCGAUCCAGGAAUACGUCCAAAGACUGCGACAACAAGCCAUGGCCCAGCAGAUGCAGCAACAGCAGAUGCAGCAGCAACAGCAGCAGCAGCAGCAACAGCAGCAGCCCAUCCAGCCAGGCCCCCCUAAACCCGAAGCGCUUGCUGUCGCCAAUUGGCUCAAGUCGCAGGACCUAAAGCCCAGGACGGUUGUGCACGACGAGAAGCGAAAAGACAUGUUCAGAGUCAAGCGAGCCAUACGCGCCCUCCAGUCCCCCGCAUACCAAAAGGCCCGCGCCAAGAACCCUCUGCUGCCCGAAGUUACCGACCGCGCAUCCGCCGAGAACUGCUUCAAACUUCUGCCGCUCUCGCUUCUUGCCCUCCGUGUCUCCAAGGUCGACGAAGACGCACACGAAGGCCACAACCAUGCAAAGCCCAAGCGCAUCAAGGGACUGUGGACGGUCAAGAUUGAGCAGCACCAGGAGGCAAACGACGACAACUACUACAUCUGGCUAUACGAGGGCUCGCAAUGGAAGCAGAAGCUGUACGCGGUCGGAGCCCUGAUUCUGGUCAUUGCCGUUGUCCUGUUCCCGCUUUGGCCGCUUAUGCUGCGACAAGGUGUCUGGUACCUCAGCAUGGGCAUGCUUGGACUGAUUGGACUGUUUUUUGCCAUGGCCAUUGUCCGACUGAUUCUGUUCAUCAUUACCAUUUUUGUUGCGCCGCCCGGUCUCUGGCUGUACCCCAACUUGUUUGAGGAUGUUGGUUUCUUCGACUCGUUCCGGCCUGUAUGGGCGUGGCAAGAGACUCCCGAAGACAUCAAGGCAAAGAAGGCUGCAAAGAAGGAGCGAAAAGCCGCCAAGCUAGCAGCAAAAGCUGCUGGUGGAAAGGCGAAGAAGGGCGGUCACCACCAUGAGGCAGCGUCUCCGGCCCAUGCGCAAGCUGCUCCAGCUCCUGUACCGGUAGAUAGCGCACCGCAGCCAACUGGAUCGGAAUCAGCACCAGCGGGGGGUGAGGUUAUGCAGCGGCCACAGCGGGCGACGGUGGAGGAAGUCGAAGACGAGUGAGCAAUGUCCAAGUAGAGGAGAAAGAGAAAGAAAGAGAGAGAGAGAGAGUGUGUGUGUGUGUGUGUGUAUGUGGGUAUGUGGGUAUGACAGAGUAUGAGAGGUAGAGAGGAAUGAGAAAUUUUGAACUAUGUCAUUCUUGCAUGGGUUAGCCGGAGCAUAGGCGUUCCGGGCACGAAGAUGGGGUUGGGAGGAAAUUCCAUGGUAUGUACAGAGAGGGCGG